CGUGAGCGCUGGUUUUUCGGUAUGCAGACCGGUUGAAAAACAUAAUUUUCAAAUAAUAUGCUCAUACAGACCGCGCGUCUCGUUACUACGGCGUAGUCGUUUUGUCCAGAACUUUCACACGUUAUAGCAACUAUUAACGCUACGUAUACUGCACUCGUUUUCCGGUCGAGUCGGCCCGAGUCGUACAAGUGGUUACACGCCGCGCUGUAGCAGUUGAGUUCGGCAGUCGUGGCACUGGUCUCGGUCGCUUCGCGCGUCAUUUCACCGCCACACGGUCGCCUAACCUGGCCUAUCACUAAUUCUCUAACAGCGACCAUACACGGCACUAUGGAUGAUCCUAACGAGGCACAGGAAGACGUGGACAUGGAAUGGUGGCACAACUUGGAGGAAUUCGAAUCGGACUCCGACUCCGAUUCUUCUACCGACGAAUCCGAAGACGAUGGACUCGAAGAUGCUGAAGAAAACUCAGACCCCGAGGAAAUCAUCGUCGACCGGACAUAUCGAUUGCCACAAGUAUUGGACCCACAACUGAUCCCUAACGGCGAGGAUGAUGAAGGUGUUGGUGAAGUAGGACGAAGACGACAUGACCGGCACAGGGUUUCGAGCCGAGUGUCGCGAGGAGACGACGACGAAAGCUUCAAUCGCAGGACUUACGCAUUUAGGAAAUACCUCAGAUCAUUGGACACUACUCCUGAAAUGACGGAAGAAUUGUUUCAAGGAGGAUUCAGACCCGAAAUAAUAAUGGGCAUGAUGAUGAAGCGUCGGAGAAUAUGUUACUUUGCACAGUGGGUCAGAAAUUUUAGGCGUGAAACCUAUCCAUUAGAGGCUAGCGUAGUGAAACGCUAUUACCCGAAUUUGGUAAUAGAUUUUCACCAACAAAUGGUACUGAAUAAAAAUAGAUUUGAGAAAAUAUAAAAACAUACGUUUUAAUAUUAUGUAAAUAUUAUUUUUUUAACUGUACUAUGUAAAUGUGAUGAUUUUUUUUUAAUGACCAUCAGCCUCCAGGGUUAUUUGGAUGUGUGGGGGUUACGGUUUGGGUUUGGUAUGACACAUGUUAUUCGUCACCAAAAACCAUAGUGACCCAUUUAGAGAUGCCGUAGCACGCCAUAGUUAAUACUGUGCCAACCAUCCCAAUAGCCUCUAUAAUGUAUUUUUAAUAAAACAAUUACCUAUUUGUUCACAUUUUUGUA